CCGGUGGCAGUAAUGUGCAACACGGUGAAUAAACCAGAACACCACCGAAGAAGAAGUCAGAAGCUGCCGCACGCUCGGUCGUGUUUGAAUCACACAAAUGGAAACGCGCUUUGUGGAAAAGUAGUUGGAAUUGUGAUUAACGAUCCGCGGUGAAGGUGGGAUCCAAGUGGACUGUGCAUAGGAGGAGACAAACCUAAAGGUCCUUCAUGGCUGCUCCAACGUUGCAACAGCCCAGUUUCCUUCUGGCAAAUCUUAAAGCUGAUGCGACCACCAAAACUCUCCUCCAGCGAUGCCAAGAUCUGGUGAAGAUCAUCGAUGAAUAUCCUGCGAAGGAGCUGCACCUGAUUUUCCCCUGGCUGGUGGAGAGUGUGUUUGGCAGUCUGGACGGAAUCAUCGCCGGCUGGAACUUGCGCCUCCUACACUCGCGGAGCAAUGAGUACAACAUUGUGAUGGAGUUUCUGAACCCCAGUGGGCCAAUGAUGAACCUUGUGUACAAACUUCAAGCAGAAGAGUAUAAAUAUGAAAUACCCGUCAAUUAUCUCCCGGGUCCAGUGAAGGCCUGCAUCCAGCAGGGAGUUCUCCCAGACUGUCCGCUGUUCCACAACAAGCUGCAGUUCCCUCCGGCCGGUCUGCUCACUCUGAACCUCGCUCUCAAUCCAUUUGAAUUCUUCAUGUUCAAUUUUGCCUGCUGUCUCAUCACGCCGAAGAGCUUCCCUCCAGGCCAACAUGGAAGCUCCACUGACAGCGCCUACUUUGUGCUUGUGGACAAUUACCUGAAAUACUUCCUCCCCAGUGAAGGCAGUGUUCCCCCGUCCCCUUUCUCUGACUCCAGAGGCUCCGUCACUGCACCUUCACCGAGCAGAUCUUCCAGUGUUUCUUUUGCUGGUUAUGGCGUUCACAGCCCCAGUCUGCUGAAACAUCACAUAUUCCAUCAACCCUCAGUGAACGCAGACCCAGCAGCCCAGGAAAUCUGGAGGUCCGAAACACUGCUACAAAUGUUUGUGGAGAUCUGGCUCCAUCACUACUCUCUGGAGAUGUACCAGAAGCUGCAGUCCCCUCAGGUGAAGCUGGCGCUGCUGCAGUAUCGCCUCAGUAUGUCCAGCAUGCCGUGCCAACCCCACGCCCCACCAGGCUCUGGGACCCUCCACACCUACCAAGUACUUUUACCUUUUCAUUCACCCCCGCCCCUCUGGGGCCUCCUGGAGGAACCCUUCAGUCCGACAGAGGAGCACGUGCUGGUGGUUCGUCUCCUGGUGAAACACCUGCACGCCUUCUCCAACAGCCUGAAGCCCGAGCAGCUGUCCUCGUCACCCUCCGCCCACUCACACACUCACACCAGCCCGCUGGAGGAGUUCAAGAGAGUGGUGGUGCAGCGCUUUGUGCAACAGAAACUCUACCUGUUCCUGCAGCAUUGCUUCGGUCACUGGCCUCUAGACGCCUCCUUCAGAGCGGUGUUGGAGACGUGGCUGAGCUACAUCCAGCCGUGGAGAUACACCGGGGAGAAGACCAAUCCUCAACAGGAGCAAAACAGAACAGUUCCUGACAAAUGGGAGUCAUUCGUUCAGGAGAACCUGCUCAUGUACACAAAGCUCUUCCAGGUGUUUCUGAACAGAACCAUGAGGACGGAUCUGGUGAAUGCCAAAAAUGCACUGAUGGUUUUCAGGGUGGCCAAAGUGUUCGCUCAGCCAAACCUCGCUGAGAUGAUCCAGAAAGGCGAGCAGCUGUUUCUGGAGCCAGAGCACGUCCUCCACCACCGCCAGCCCCGCGGCUACCUGACGCCGAGCCAAGGGGGCAGCUACCUGUCGUCACGGCAACGGGUGAUGACAGACAUGGUUUUCAGGGUGAAGAGUCACGUCUAUGCUCUGGAGGGCCAGGACUGCCAGUACAAACAGAUGUUUGGCACCGAGCUCAGAGCAGCAGUCAUGAAGUUGAUCCAGAUCAUUGCACAGGCCAGACACACAGCCAAGAGGAUAUCGGAUCACUCCAACGAGGUGGCGGCCAAUAACUCAUUCCUGUCCUGGUUUGGAAUGGGCUCCUCUGAUCCCAACACCACGUUCCCCGGAGCCGAGCCAGAGGAGAGCGGAGAGUGUUUGAAGAAGACCCACGAAUUCCUGGACAGAGCUCUGGAGAACUUGUGUCAGAUCUUCAAGCUGAACCAAGGGCAGCUGACUCAGUUAAUAUCCAACCUGGGCUCCUCUCAAGAUGACGGCAACAGCAAGCAGCUGCCCGACUGCAUCCAGGGAGAGAACGGGCUCAUUCUGACCGACCUGGGCAGGAGGCAGAUCAUCAGUGGACUGCGCCGGUUUGAGAUUCACUAUCAAGGAGACCCGGAGCUCCAGCCAAUCAGGAGCUAUGAGAACGCCCUGCUGGUCAGGCUUUUCUACAAGAUCUCCUCUAUGGUUAACAACAGGUUCGGAGGGCACAUGAACGCGCUCUGCUCGCGUCCAGACUUCCUGGGUCGCCUGGGUCGUCACUACUUGUCGGAGCAGGAAUCCACUGCAAAACUGAAGCAGAGCCCGAUGACCCAGCGGUCGCUAGAGAGGAACCGCCAGCCACGGCUGAGCCUCCGCCCGCUGGCCAGCUACAGGACGAUACUGCUGCUGCUGCUCUUCUACAUGUUUGGAGCGCUCCUGUCGUUGGGGCCCGUAUCCAGCACCCUGCUCAUCCUCACGGGGGGAUUCCUGUAUGGACUCAUGAUGACGCUGUUUGGAGACAAACUGAAAACACAGUAGCCAAGCCGCAGGGUUUCUACACAUCUGGAGAAAUGCACAUCAUGAAUUUGAUCUAUUCCGCCUUCAAAUGAUUUGCGAAAGAAAAGUGUUAAAAUGUCCUCAUGCAACUUAUAAUCAAUAGUGUUGUGGGUUAUUGCUUCUGGGCUGCAACUUAUGAUUAUUUUCAUAAUCAAUUUGCUCUUUUAACAUCAGAAAACAAUUCAGAACAGUUUCAGACGACCAAAGUAUUUUCAUCAAUGUUCUUGUCUAAAACCCCCAAAUGUUCAAUCAGUGAAAAUGUAAAGAUGUAUGACGGCACAUUUUUACACCUGUGGAGCUCAAAAAAGAAGGUUUUUGGGUCUUUUACCAAAAAAGUGACUUAAAAUGAAUAAUCAAUUAGGAAAACAGCUAAUUAACUUUCUGUCGGUCCGCUGAUCGAUCACUGGAGCUUGGUAUUGAUCCUCGCAGAGAUACAUUCUGGUGAGCCAGCUGCCACAGUGAAGUCAGAGACAGUGAAAAGAUGUUGCUGAAAAAUGAUCCUGUCAAAAACACUGAAUAUGUUCUUCAUGUAACCAGGAGGUUUUAAAGGACAGCGUGUUGAAAGGUGACGUGUAGGAACCCUGUUGGAACAGACUGGCAGCUCUCGUGUUGUUGCUUCAGCUUAUUGUUUUAAUAUGGUUCAUAUAACCGUGUAAAUAAACCCAGAGCGUUGAAGCUCUUUUUUUCUAGGGCAGUUUUUUUUUUUUGUCUUUUUCAACAGAUCUGGACGCAGGUGUCGGCCAAAACACUGAAGUUGUGCUGAUGGAAUAAAUCAACUAUUUUUCGUGUUUCUGUCCAAAAGGCCCAAUAAACUGCUUACACUUGUU